AAAAGGAAGCCUCCUCCCACAAUCCAUUGAAUGCGCCCAUUUACUAUGCGUGUAGGUUGAGAGAUCAGGGACUCUUCAUGUACGGUGAGCUCUGCCUGCAUUGAAGUCAGCGAGGCGAGCGAAUCCGGAGGAGAACCCACGCUCACCGACGCUCCAGUCCUUGUGACCUUUCCCCAUAUAAAUCUUGCCAUAAUUCGUGUAUAUUUAUUGGAUUCCAAGUCGAUCGAUAUAUUUCAUGUUUCUUCCACCAUCGUGGUAUCCAUAUCUGCGAGAUCCAGUCCGGUGUGAGGGAAAAGGUAAGUCGAGGUGGAUGACAGCGUGCCGAGAACCAAACGAGCAACAAAAAGAUCGCAGGGUUUGAGAGAAGGAUGAAACCCCAUAACGUCGACGCGUGCUGUGGGUUGGAGAGCUCGGACUUGUUGGACCUCCCCCCACCCUCCCGCGCGGCGGCAUCCUGUUUUCCAUAUGAUCUCGACGGGAAGGAUCAGUGUAUCGGAGUAGGAUCUGCAUAAAGUCGGUUCCACCCCCCCCACCGAACUCGUGCGUCCCCUCUGAUCCAGUUAAAGUUUCUCCCUUGCUCUUUUAAUGGCCAUCCAAGCGCCGGUUCCGUUCAUCCGCAACAGGAACAGUUUGGACGCGAUGGACGACGGCGAAGGAUUGCCUGUUGACCUCUGUCAAUAUUUUCAGCAGCAACAGAUGGUCACGGUUCCUUGGGUUCUUUGUCCUCCGCCUCCUCCCCCUCCGGGGAUGUCGAUGAUAGGAGGCUUUCCUUUGCCUUCCUCGUCGAGUUCAGUUUCUAGUGCUACGAUGGAUCUCUCUGAUCAACUCAUACUAGGCAUUAUGGAGGAACAGAGGACUGAGACGGAUCAAAUUCUCAGGCAACAGAGUAAUCUGUUGGCUGCGGGGCUUCGGCAACAGACGAAUCGGCAUACGGCCACUAUCAUACGGAGUCUCGAGUCCAAAGCUUCCUCCCUUUUGAGACAACGGGAAGAAGUGUUGACGAAGGCGAACAUGAUGAAUCGGGAACUGGAGUUGCGCCUGAAGAGCGCGGAGGAGGAGAGGACAAAGUGGCAAGGGAUGGCCAUGGCAAACGAGGCCAUGGCUAUUUCUCUUAGCAACGCUCUCGAGCAAGUACGAGACUCCUGCCACUCCUCCAAUGACAACGGACCGACCGACUGGGCGGCAAGUGGCGCAGCCAACGAACCAACAGCUGGGAUGGGCUCGACGCGGAGACGGUGCAGGGUCUGCGUGCGUCGUGAUGCGUGCAUGGUGCUGCUUCCCUGCAACCAUCUCUGCUGCUGCGAGCCCUGCGCGACCUUGCUCGAAGCGUGCCCGUUCUGCGGCUCCGUAAAAAUAGGCAGCAUCGAAGUGUUACUGGAAUGACGUCCGUUUUCUUCUCUCUUCUGUUCUCGACUCCGGUGUCGCUAAUCUACAUGACAUCAACAAUGCUGAAUCUUUUGUGCAAGAUCUCCAGGACUCCUCCACGCGUUAAUCUCUCUGCCCUUUCCCUCUUCUUAUCGUGGCUUCUUGCGUUGUGUUGUUGUGACGUGGAUCGUUCGAGU